AUGCAUCAUCGUAUUCCACAUAAAAUUAACCUUUCUUUUCUUUCUUUUUUUUUUAUUCAUCUCCGUUUAUCAACGAUUUAUUUAUAUAUUAAUCUAAAUCUGUCCAUAUCUAACUCAUUUUAUACAAAUAUCUAUCUAUCUAUCUAUUUCUCUAUCUAUCUAUCUUGCAGUGUUUCCCACUCUCUUCAAAUCUAUCUAUCUAUUCAUGUAUCUCGGUCUGUUUCAUAUCUAUCUAUCUAUCUAUCUAUCUAUCUGUCUGUCUGUCAAUCUGCCUGUGGUUUUUUGUCAAAUGUCAUGGGUAUUCUCCUUUUCAUCAUUUUCUCCUUUUUCUCUUUCUCUCCUCUCUUCUCUCUCUCUCUCUCUCUCUCUCCUCUCUUCCCUCUCUCUCUCUCCUCUCUUCCCUCUCUCCUCUCUUCCCUCUCCUCUCCUCUCUUCCCUCUCUCUCUCUCCUCUCUUCCCUCUCUCCUCUUCCUCCCUCUCUCCUCUCUUCCCUCCCUCUCUCCUCUCUUCCCCCUCUCUCCUCUCUCUCCUCUCUUUACUCUCUCUCCUCUCCCCCCUCUCUCUCUCUCCCUCUCUCUCCUCUCUUCCCUCUCUCUCUCUCUUCCCUCCCCUCUCUCUUCUCUCUCUCUCUUCCCUCUCUCUCUCUUUUCCCUCUCUCUCUCUCUUCCCUCUCUCUCUCUCUUCCCUCUCUCUCUCUCUUCUCUCUUCCCUCUCUCUCUCUCUUCCCUCCCUCUCUCUCUCUCUCUCUCUCUCUCGUUUUGUUGA